AUGAAUGGGAUGGAGCCUGUGUUUGGCGAGGCCUACGGGGGCCACCGGGGUCUGCUGAGCCCCUACCCGCUGGCCAUGUCGCCACAAGGGGGCAGGACUGAGUACGACCAGAGCGUGCUCCUCAUGCUGGGCUCCCCGGCAUCGCCUAGGAAACGGCCCUUUGAGUUGCUAAGCGACCUGGUGGACGAUGGCGGCCUCGGCGAGGACCUGCACCCGGAGCGCUGGGACGUGUCCGCGCUGGACGAGAUGGCCCGCUACACCAAGCUGGGCCUCGGCGUGGGGGGGGAGCUGCUGGCCUACUCGGAGGAGGCCGUCCUGAUGGGCCGCUGGGGGAGGAGCCGGGAGGAGCAGGAGGAAGAGGAGGAGGAGAGGAGGAGGAGGAUCAGCAGACACGCCGCCGCGGGAGGCGAGGAGUGGCGUGCAGAGAGGGCGCUUUGCGCCGCGGGGAGAGCGGCCGCAGGAGGACAGGAUGGGGGGGCGCCGAGGGAGCGCACAGUGGAGGUGUAUCAGGUGGCGCAGGAGGAGGAGGAGGAGGAGGCGGCGGCGAUGGCAGGUUUGGCGUUGGAGCACUGCAGCGAGGAGCACAACUACUCCCUGAGCCAGGGGGAGGAGGCCACUCACAACUCCCAGACGGAGGGGGUGAGAGUGGGGGAGGCGCAGCAGGAGGCGGCGCCGCGCAGGGAGGAGAAGGAGGAGGAGGAGGAGGACGAGGGGGAGGAAGACGACGACAACGAAGCGGAGGAGACGGCGGCGGAGGCCGAGCUCUCCAGCUCCUCGGAGACCGAAUGUGAGGCGGAAGCCGAGCCGGCGAGGCAGCCGGGCGAGCGCCCGGCAAAGCGCCGCUGCUUCUGGGAGUACCGGCGCGCCCGGGAGUCGGCCGCCAAGAAGAAACUGGGCGGAGACGUCCACUGGUCUCUGUCCUGGAGCUCCAGCACGCUGCCCAGCACGCUGUACCGUCGAGAGGGCAAAAAAGGGCGCCGCAAAGCUCGCAAGACGGACGCCAGCGACCUGACGCCGAACCCCCAGAAGCUGCACAACAUCGGGGAGCAGCUGCAGAAGCUCAACGCCGCCAUCGACGGCAUGGGCCCAGUCAACGACCUGCCCGCCGUGGCCCGAGCCCGGUCCCGCAAGGAGAAGAACAAGCUGGCCUCCAGGGCCUGCCGGCUGAAGAAGAAGGCGCAGCACGAAGCCAACAAGAUCAAGCUGUGGGGGCUCAACCAGGAGUACGAGAACCUGUUGGGAGCUCUGCUGCGGAUCAAGGAGGUGAUCCGACUGCGGGUGGAGAGCAGCGAGGAGGAGGACACGGACGAGCGAGGGAUGACCCGCCGCCUGGAGGACAUCCUCCGAGAGUCCAGCGGUCCUUUAGUCGCCGGGCGGACCAAAGACUUUGUGCAGAGGAUUUUGGCGGCCAGCGCGGGGGACCAGAACCAGAACCAGAACCAGAACCAGCGCAAAGAGCCCCCGCAGGGAGGCGAUGAGGCGGCAGGCUAACCCCCCCUCCCGCCCCCACACCUCUCCUGACCCCCCCAUCAUCCCAGCACCCACCGAGCCAAGCACCCUGACCGCACUUCUCGGGGCCCGCCUCCGCCCUCAUGAUGGACACACUCGAGCAAAGACGUGGCGAUGCUGGGAAGAGGAGGAGGAGGAGGAGGAGCAGGAGGAAGAGGAGGAGGAGGAGCCUAAACAAAAUAAAUUGCCACCCUGCUCCUGGUCAUCUCCCGUCUCUGCGAGCUGCACCACAACCACCACCAGGCCAGAGCUGCUGCUGACGUCUCUGUGUGUGUGUGUGUGUGUGUGUGUGUGUGUGUGUGUGUGUGUGUGUGUGUUGGACGUGUAUAUACAUACUGUAUGAGCGUAUAGUGUUCCUCUCUCCCUCUGUGUGCUGUUUCUGUAUCCCAGUGUGCCUAUGAAUAGACAUUGCACUGUUUUGUAGAUGGUCGUAGUUGUCGGCAGGCGGGGGAUG